UUGCUGUGUUCCAAUACCCAUACUUACCGUACUCACUGUACUUAGCUUGAGUACGCAGGGUGUUCCGAUUCCGAUCGCGGUGAAAAGAAGUGUACUUAAAGGACCCGGAUGUUGUACUCAUAACGGUCAAAACGUUGAGUGUGGAACGAUGUACACUAUACGCACUCAACGGCCGCCAUCUUGCCUACGUAGCGGAAGAGGCGGAGCCAGGCAGAGCCGCUCAGCUCAGAAAAAAUGUUUGCAAUGGCGGCCGAGACAACAGCGUCUGCAGCUCCCGCAGUUCCCGAACCCUACAGAUGGACUGAUGAGGACACGGUCGCAUUUGUGCGGUGGCGUGUGGCCCACAGCAACAUAUUCAGUGGUGGGAGAACCACCAACGCUGCUGGAUACAAAGUGUUCCUAGAAGAGAGAGGACUGGUGGGGAGGGUCACCACCUCAUUCUUGAAAAAAAAGUGGGAAAACCUCAAGCAGAAAUACAAGGAUCUUAAGAACCCCCCGACUGGUGUGAGCACAGAGGGGGGUGAGACCACUGCCGCGUCCUGGAAGUGGUUUGAAUUAAUGCACGAGGCAAUUGGGGACAGGCCGUCUGUGACGCCACCUGUCCUCAUUGCCACGUGUGCCCAGGGCGCGGUAGUGUUCACCCCCCCCACUGUGCUCACACCAGAAAGGGCUAGUGUUGAGGCAGCAGAGGAGGAGCCCACACCUUCCAGAACCUCCACAGCGUCCACCCCCAAAAGGCGGCGGGUGGACGUUGUGGAGGUGCUCCAGGACCUGCGGAGCCAGGAUGAGCAGGAGUGGAGGGAGAUGAAAGAAGAAGAGAGGCAGAGAGAGGAGAGGAAAGAGGCAGAACAGGCCAGGCAGGAAGCUGAGAGAGAGCGAAGAGAAGAGAGGAGGUAUAGAGAGAUGGUUCAGAGGCAGGAGAGGUGCCACCAGGAGGCAAUGGCCAGGGAGGAAAGGUGGAGAGAGGAGGUGAGAGCCAGAGAUGAGAGGAGGGACCAGGAAGCUGCAGCCAGGGAGGAGCGCUUCUUGGCCAUCCUGGAGAGGCUGGCAAGAAGAUGAACUUUUUUUAUAUUGAUCUGUUUCGUUGUUUUUAUUGUUCAGGUGUUAAUAAUGUAAAUGUAAAUAAGUUAAGUUAUGUUCUUGUUGUGAAUGUUUUAUUUGUUAAAUAAUGAAUGUUUUAUGUUAAAUAAAUAAAUAAAUCAAUGUUCAUACACAGGUGUUGAAAUUGGCCAAAUUAUUUAAUUAGAUGUAGUCAUGGUCAGGUGCAUGACAUAACGCUGCCAUUCUAUUACGCUCCUCAGCUCCAGAGACGGUGCCUGGGGGUGCUGCCUCCCGUCCUGGAUCCUCUUCC